CGCUACAGAUCACACUCGUCUGACUGACAUCACAGGAAGCUCACAGGCGAAUCUGAUCUGAUGAGGGCUGUGGCUUUGCCAUUAACUAGUUAUACAGUUUCAUUUAGACAGUUUGCUGCUUGAAUUGUGUCUAUACGGGGAUUUGUGGUAUCUUCUCAAGCUCGCUGAGGAUGGCUGAGCCAAGCGGGAGAUAUCAGCAGCUGCCCAAUGAGGAGGAUCCAGAGGAGGGACCUCAGUUGGCCAGUGAUGCUCCGCCCCCUUACAGCAGUAUUGCAGCGGACAGUGCAGCAUAUUUUGAUUACAAAGAUGAUGCAGCAUUUCCCAAGCCCCCAUCUUACAAUGUAGCCACAUCACUUCCGUCGUAUGAUGAGGCUGAGAGAACCAAAGCAGAGGUUACCGUCCCACUGGUGUCAGGUCGACACAGGGAACGCCUGGACACAUUCGAUGAUGUAACUCGCUGUGCGCUGGAGGAUGAUGACUUUGUGGCCAGAGAUGACUUUGAGGAUGCUGACCAGCUGCGGAUAGGCAACGACGGCAUUUUCAUGUUGACAUUUUUUAUGGCAUUCCUCUUCAACUGGAUUGGCUUCUUUCUAUCAUUCUGCCUUACAACCUCAGCAGCCGGGCGUUAUGGCGCCAUAUCUGGGUUUGGACUGUCACUCAUCAAAUGGAUCCUCAUCGUACGGUUUUCCACUUAUUUCCCUGGUUACUUUGAUGGACAGUACUGGUUAUGGUGGGUGUUUCUGCUGCUUGGCUUCCUGCUCUUCCUCAGAGGCUUUAUCAACUACGCAAAGAUCCGAAAAAUGGCGGACUCCUUUUCUACUCUUCCACGGACCAGAGUUCUCUUCAUUUAGUCACUUGCCGGAAAUGAAACCACAUGUAUGGGCCUGUGUUGAACCACUGAUCCAGCGGUGGAAAUGUAUUAAAAAAAAAAAACAAAAAAAAAAACUUCCAUCUGUAAUCUACUCAUCUGAACGGAAGACAGCGGAAUUCCAGAGCGCUGGAGGAAGAACUUUUAUUUUCCACCCUCUGCUUUUGAAAAUGCUGUUUGGGUGUCAGAUAGCAGGAUACUCUUUUUACGUUUCUAGAUGUAAAGUAGUGGAUGCUAACAGCUCUGUACCUGUUCUGAAAUCAUUCGUGGAUUGAUGUUGAGUGCUAUUUGCUAUUUUCAGUAUAUUUCAAUGUAUUUAAAAAAAGCCUUAUGUAUGAGAUCUUGUUUGUAGUAAAAGCAUGUGCUAUGCUCCCUGUUAACCAGAAGGGGGAAGUCUUGCUUUUUUUAAAUUUCAGUCUGUUUUUUUUUUUUUUUUCCCCUUCAUUCAGUUACAUUUGACAAGAAGGCAACCAGUCACUGCCGGUCACCAUUCAUGAAGAGCUUUUCUCUUUGUGAAUGGCAGUGUGAAAUGAAUUGAAUCCAAAACAGUCAAUGCUUUUCUUUUCUUCUAUUCUCUUCUACUGUUUCUCUUUCUCUGUGCCUCCCCACAUGACAUGAAAUUAAAGUCACUGUUUUUAAUUUGUCACUUUUGAUGUGGUUUAGACAUGUUUUAUUGGCUAUGUAGUUAUUUGAAAUAGCUUCUUAAGACCAAAGUUAAGAUCCAGAAGGCACAUGAAUAGCAUCUUGCAUCAGCAAAUGCAAAUUAUGUUUUUACACUGCACAUUUGGCAUCCACAAAAGGGCUCCUAGAGCACCAUGUUUGAGUACUUGCAACUUUUCACAAAGAAAUAAAAACUGAUAUUGUCUGCGUUGCAAUUCAAGCAGUCAAACCUUUCUUCUUUUAUACUACGAGGCUGAUGGCGCUGCACAUUUUUCCUUUGAAUAUACAUUUAGCCGGAUGCCUCUCCCCCACCUUGUGCAGUGGCCAUGAUAGGGGCCUGUUUGAUCUCUCUCUGUCUAAUCAUGCAUGAUUUUGCUUUGGCUUGUCUGCUCUUGUCACCUUGGGUCUCGUCCAUGACACAGGAAGUUACUCUUUUGUGCUGUGUUUUUCAUGCAGCUUUGCGGUCACCCUUCGAAUUCCAGUGGAUGUGCACAUGUAUUUGCCUGUAAAUAAGAUACUGCUAUUAAAUGUCUCUCGUGUUCAA